CAUUCUUCUUCGAGCACUUAUUCUCCAAACAGGCAAAAACUAAACAGUGAAUCAGAAAAACGCAGAAAAAAGAAGCAAAAACAGCACAGGAAGAAGGAGAAGAAGAAUCCUUCACAUCCCCAGACAAAGAACACCUCUGCUACAACACUUCAAAUUGCCUCUACUGUGCAGCACUACUCUUUUCUAUCCAGCUGCUCCAAUUUCCUGUGCUUCAUCAGUCAUUGCCUCCAAUCUAUGUUAUAUAUCGUCAAUUGAUUCAAUCACCAUCUCUCAGGAUUCUGUUCUGCUAUACUCAAAUACCCAAGCACUCUAUUCAAAAAGAACCAGCUCACAAUGUACUCCAACAAGAAAUUCAAGUCCCCUUUGGUCAAGAAAUCCUUUAUCAUCAAUUCGCCAUCGCAAUCCUUGACCUACAACAGCGACGACGAAAAUAAUCAACCCUUCCAUAAGGCAGCAAGCAAGAAGAAACAUGUCCCUAAGUUGGAUAACAGCAACUAUAUCAUAAUAGAUGAUGACAACGACAACUCUGAUAACUCUAGUGACGAAAACGACCACAGUCUUGUGAUUAUCGAAAAAGAAGCUGAAAUAUCAAAACUAAAACUAAAACAAAAACAAAAACAAAAAGACAAUCAAAGGCAACAAAAUCAACAACAAAAUCAAUUGGAUCUAAAUCAUCAAAAGGACUUGACAAAAAUAAUUCCUAUUAAAUCUCCCAACAUAAAAUCAUUACCUCCUUUAUCCCCAAUAUCAACAAACAACCUAUUAGAUGUCGCUUCCUCUCCUUCUCUUCCCUCAGACGCCUCCACCUCCACAUCCUCGCCCAAUAAUUUGAAAUGUCUUAAGUUCAAUUCCUUAAAACCAAAUCAGCUCACUCAAUUAAACAACGAAACCAAAAAUAAAAUUAUCCCAACUAAAAAGUCAUUCAAAAAUAACCCUUUUUUAGUUUCAUCAAAUGAUUUAACCAAAAAUUCUCCAAAGCUCUCAUUACCAAUUAACCCUUCUUCUAAUCUUAAUUACAACAACAACAAUAACAUUAUCCAUGACUCUGAUAAUAACGAUAUAAUAAUUAACCCAAGACAUAUCAAUUUCUUACCUAAAAAAAGAAUCUCGUCAUUAAUCGAUUCCCCAAUCCCUGAUUUAACUCCUCCCAAAUCAACUUCAAAGACUUAUAGAAUCAUUGACAAAUCUUCUCCAAACAUAAUCAACAACUCGUCUCCUCCAAUUAAAAAUCUAAAUCUAAAUCUAAAUUCAAAUAAUAGAAGGUCCUUUUCUUCUCCAAUAAUGUACUCAAAACAAAAUUUAUCAUCUGUGAAAAGACAAAUCCAUUUCAAUUCUCCCUUGAAAAACUCUUCCACCACCACCACCACCAAUAAUAAUAAUAAUAAUAAUAAUAAUAAUAAUAAUAAUAAUAAUAAUAACAAUAAAAACGAAAAUACAAAAAAAUUUGUCAAUCUAAAUAGAAGCUAUUCAAUUAAUUCAAAUUAUAACAACAAUAAUAAUAGCAACAAAAUACUAAGAAGUUUCAAAAACUAUUCUCUGAAAUUAGAUAAGGAUAUAUCAUUGUACCAAAAAAGGAAAACAAACUAUACCCAAAUCAAAAAUCUAAACCUAUUAUCUUCAAACGUCAUUGACAAGGAUUUACAUUUGAUCAAUAAAUAUUUAAAAAUUUGUCAAAGAACACUUUUCUUAUACCAUCAAUUAUAUAAAGAAAAAAUUUUACUGAAUAAUACUGAUUUCAAAUCUUAUAAAUUGGACAAGUUUAACUCAUUUAAAAGUCAUUUGAAAUAUCAGCUAAUCAAUUCAAUUGAUGAAAAGUAUUAUCAAUUAAAGGAAUCAAACGCUGAUGAAUUUGAAAAAUUAAGCGAAUAUGAUAAAAAACAAUUUGAAGACGAUUAUCAACAAAAUAAAAAACAUUCUUUAAUCAAGUUUAAUAAAGAAUGCGAUUUGCAAUUUAAAAAAAUGUUUGGCAGUGAUAUUAAUAAUAUAGAAAAUGAUUUUACUAUAAAGGAUCUUUGUAAAGAAUUGAAGAUUGAUUAUAGUAAGAUUUUUAAUAAUAUCUAUGAUGAAGAAUUAGUAAUUAAUGAAGUCGAAAGUGAAGACGACCAAAAGUGA